AUGCACCACCAGCACCAGCAGCUGAAGAAUGCAGUGGCCGUAGCCGCAUGUGUCGCGGCACUUGCGGGUCUCGCCCUGUGGUCGCAUAGCAGGCGUCAGCUGCCGAAGAGCUGUCCCCCCCAUCGUUUGAACCACUUGCGCUUUGACUUGAGCGUGGCGGAGAUUGAAGCCGAGACGAAGCGGAUCCUCAGCCGCAUGAAGCGCGUGGAUGACGAGAUUGCGGCACUGGCGCCUGCUGACGUGACGUUUGCAAACACGGCGCAGAAGCUCAUUGACUUGGAUUACGAGAUGAUGAGUCGCGUGACCAACGUGACGUUUCUGGGCCAAGUGGCGGUGGACAAAGAGACACGCGACGCCUGUACAAAGGCACAGCAGGCCAUUGAGGACUUCUCUGUGCUGCGUAGCAUGCAGGCGGGAGUGUUCCAGGCUGUCUAUGGGCUCUACAAGAGUGCAGAGUAUCAGACACUGGAUGCGGUAACGCAGCGCUACGUUUACCGUCUCGUACAAGACUUUCAACGCAAUGGAUUGCAGCUGCCCGAAGAAAAGCAGCAGGAGGUACAGGCGUGGAAGCAGAAGCUAUCUAAGCUUGGCAUCCAGUUUCAGCAACACCUCGCAGAGGAAACGAUCCAACUAGAGUUUUCGCAUGAUGAGCUGAAAGGGCUCAGCGACGACUUUGUCGAUGCACUUGAGAUAGAUGAUGACGACAAGUACAAGGUUGUUCUUUCGUACCCGACAGUCUUCCCAAUUCUCAGCACGUGCUCCGUGGAAUCGACGCGCAAGGCUGUUGAAUACGCCUUCAAUCGCCGCUGCAUCUCCACGAAUGUCGCUAUACUGGAAGAGAUGCUAGAAAUCCGACACAAAGUAGCAUUGACGUUGGGGUACGAGAGUCACGCUGCCUACGUCCUCGAGCAGAGGAUGGCAAAAACUCCGGCAAAGGUGAAGGAAUUCUUAAACGACCUGAACAACAAGCUCGAGCCGAUUGCUAUGAAGGAUCUAGACGACUUGCUGGAGCUUAAGAAGGCCGAAUGUGAGCGCAACGGGUGGAACUUCGACGGCAAAAUCAACAUGUGGGACUUUCGCUAUUACACGGAACAGUUCGUGAUGAAGCACUGCUCUGUCGACAGUGAGAAGCUCCGCGAAUACUUCCCACUGACGCACGUGACGGCAGAACUGCUGUCCAUGUUCCAGGAGCUAUUGAGUCUGAAGUUUGUGGAAAUUGCACAACCUCACGUCUGGCACAAGGACGUUCGUAUGUUCGCAGUCUACGAUGCUCGUUUGGGUCGAGUCGGCAACCUCGUCGGCCACUUCUACCUGGACUUGUUUCCCCGCGCAGGCAAAUAUGGUCAUGCAGCCUGCUUCACGCUACAGCAGAGCUGCGCGAACUCCUCUGGCCGUCGUGAGUACCCUGCUGCUGCCAUGGUCGCUAACUUCAACGCAGCAACCAAGUCAAAGCCAUCGCUUUUGGGGCACCAGGAGGUCGUGACGUUCUUCCACGAGUUUGGCCACGUGAUGCAUUGCUUGUGCUCUGAGGUCAGCAUUCCUCGCUUUGCUGGCACGCGCGUUGAGCGUGACUUUGUAGAAGCACCGAGUCAAAUGCUUGAGAACUGGUGCUGGGAGAAAGAGCCACUGCAACGUCUGUCGUCGCACUACGAGACUGGAGAGAAGCUCUCGGACGACCUCGUCGCUCGCCUGAUCUCGACGAGGAACGCGACCACUGGGCUAACGAAUAAGCGCCAAUUGCUCUUUGCUACGUUUGACCGGAUGAUCCACUCCACGCCCAAGUCCAACUCGGCAGAGCUCCUCGGUCAGCUACAGAGUGAGAUCAUGCUCAUUGACAUGACGCCCGGCACGAACUUUGCGGCUUCGUUCGGGCACUUGGCAGGUGGCUACGAUGCGCAGUACUAUGGCUACCUGUGGAGCGAGGUGUUUUCCACGGACAUGUUCAUGUCCCGCUUCAAGAAGGACGGACUUAUGAACCAAGAGACGGGAGUCGCGUACCGCGAAUUGAUUCUUGCGCGGGGCGGCUCAAUAGACGCCACUGACAUGUUGCAGGACUUUUUGGGUCGCGCGCCGAAUGACAAUGCGUUUCUGCUGAGCAAGGGUCUCACUUAA